AUGGGUAAUGGUGUUGGUCAGUCUCAGUACGGCUAUAACCAAAGAGUAUUCUCGUAUGAGAAUGGUUCUGGGCAUGCACCAGUAUCACAAUCGCCGGAAAAGCUGCCGGAGAAGAAAGGUUUAUCGGCUGAGGAGUUGCAAAAGCUACCCAAGACUACUGCUGGAGGAGAUAAGUUGAUUGGUACAGAGUGUGCCGUUUGCCUUGAUGAGAUCGAGAGUGGUCAACCUGGCCGAUUGCUUCCUGGGUGUAAUCAUGGAUUUCAUCUUCAUUGUGCUGAUGCUUGGCUUUCUAAGAAUCGAAUCUGCCCUCUCUGUAGGGCUAUUCUGCAUCCUAAUGAGAUCAUCAACUCUGAUCAUGAUGAUAGUCCCUGUUAA